AUGGCUGAACGCAACCUCUCCCAGAUCGUCGCACAGCUCAAGAAAUCCCCUUCUAUGAGCUACAGCGAUGCGAACACGCUCCUCUCCAAAGCCAAAAUCGCACUCCUCAACCUCAAAGCCCUCACGCCCAACGCUGCCGUACCUCAGUCCACCCUUGCCCUCGCACGCGAGACCUACGAACAGGGCGCUCUCUUCGCCAUCCGCGCUCGCAAUCCCGAGGCCUUCACCCGCUACGUCCAGCAACUACAGCCCUUCUAUGAGCUGCCCUCGUCACGGCUGCCGCCCAACCUGUCGGAGAGGAACAAGGUCACCGGUCUGAGCUUGCUGCUGCUCCUCACACAGGGCCGCUACGCAGAGUUUCACUCCGAGCUGGAGAGCCUGGCCAACCGCGAGGGAGGAGGUGGUGACGUCGAGGGCGAUAAAUACCUGGGCUACCCCAUCCGCCUGGAGAGGUGGCUGAUGGAGGGCAGCUACGAUCGCAUUUUGAAGAACCAAAUCCGCUCCGAGAUCGCCAGCAGCAGCGAGCGUGCGUAUCCAAGCCUGCCCAUCAGCUCGACCAAGUCACUCCUCUUCCUCGACUCGGAGGGCGACGUCAUCUCAUUUGCUCAACACAGGGGGUGGAUAGUCAGGGACGGCAGCAUCUUCUUCCCCGAUGCCACCGAGGGCGAGGGUGGCACGCACACCAAGGAGAUGAGCCAGAUGGUGAUAGAGAAUGCUCUGGGCUACGCGCGCGAGCUCGAGACGAUUGUGUAA